AUGCUAUCCUCCCUCUCAUCCAGCAUCACAAAUGCUCGGCAAUCAAUUGCACAAGUGCUGAACUUUGCGCUUGUUCUUUCCACGGCUUUCAUGCUGUGGAAAGGCCUUUCAGUUGUGUCCGCAUCAAGUUCUCCAAUAGUUGUGGUUCUGUCCGGAUCAAUGGAGCCCGCAUUUCAGCGUGGGGACUUGCUCUUUCUUUGGAAUCGAAACACAAGGGCGGAGAUCGGAGAAGUUCUCGUUUAUAAUGUUCGGGGAAAGUCUAUUCCGAUUGUCCACAGGGUUGUUCGCACUUUCCCUGAGGUAGAAGGACGGGCGAGCGCAAAGAAGGUGAAAGAAAUUACAGUGGACACAACACCUAACUCGCAUAUGCUUCUCACCAAGGGUGACAACAAUUUGGCAGACGAUACUGAGCUGUAUGCUGAUGGCCAGGAUUAUCUUCACCGGACCGAUGAUAUUGUCGGCAGUGUUCGUGGCUACGUACCUAUGGUCGGAUACGUUACUAUCAUGCUCAGCGAGCACCCCUGGCUCAAGACAGUCAUGCUGGGACUAAUGGGACUGAUGGUGAUGGUUCAGAGAGAGUAA